AACGGUCAAUCAUCCCUUACCAUUAAGCUGUAGGAUCAUGGCAGUUGGGGAGCCCCUAUGGCGUUCUCGAAAACGGAGAAGGAGAAGGCAGCUUGCUGUCCCCGUCUCUGCGCGCUUGGUCCUCGAUGACAAACUCUCCGGCGACGUUGGACUUUUGUCUGAGGAUCUCUUUUCUGAGCUCUUUCGGGCUGAUAGGAUUAUAAAUGGUACGGAAAGUGACUGCUCAGAAUACAUCCGCCAUAUCGCGAUAGCUCCCUGGGCGCCAUUGUCCCCCGAUCUGAUCGACAGCAGCUGCUGGACGGUGCUGCCAGUGAAGAAACUCGCCCAUAAUGCCCCGACGGGUAGAGAGACAGUUCACUCUACCUUGAAGUUUCCUGCCGCAUCUCUCGCAUUACAGCGGUUCGCGAGCGCUUUACGGGCUGUUGCACCAGCGAAAUUGGCCAGCAGGGCUAUUCCGUCAAUUGAAAUCCGAAUUUUGGAUGUCAUUCCUCUCGCACUUGACUCGAUCUAUGUAACGGUUGAUGGCGAGGCUUUAAAAAAGAUGGAGGAGGCACAUGGGAAAUUUGGGGGAGGCUUUGGCGGAUGGCCGAUGCGUAACGGCCGGGCGACCAACGAACAAACAGUUUCAAAAAAUAAUGUUUUGAGCCGCGAAGGGGAUAAGGCCAGGGUGUUCUCGUCAGACGAAUCCCUAAGACAGGCAAUACGCAAGGCACUCAAGGCCCCAAAUGUUGUGCGCGCUGGCGAUUUACUCCCGUUGCCUUUGCCUUCUCACCCUAUCACUCAUGUUCCGCCACCACCGGCAAGGAUCACGCUGUGCGAGCCAGUUGCACAAGGCCGACUACUUCCACACACAAAGGUGGUGGUAAUAAGGAGCCAUCCGCGAGAAUCUUCGGCGCGAAAUGUCCUCCAGAUUCCGGUGCAGCAACAGCUUGAUACCUUUGCAGAUGAGGACGAUACUUCAAAUGAGCAAUUUUAUUCAGCAGCGGAGGACAAGGAGUCUUCAAUGACUGAAUCUGUGGUGGAUGGUGAAGAAAAUGUUUCAGAGACAGAUAAUUCGGCUCCUGGGCUUUCGGAAAGCGAGAGCGCUGACCUCUCGGACGACUCAAUGGACGAAAUGAUUUCCUUGAGUGCCCCUACACUUCCUCCACAUUCGUCCGGUGUACUGUCCUCCUUCACUUCGGCGACUCCUAGGCCAGGAGGCGCUGCACAUGGCGUUAGUACUCCCGGAUCAGUAAUCUCAAGCUACACCAUCACGGCACAUGGUUUUAGACGACUUCCAAAGGACCACUUCAAAGUGCAAGGUUUGCUAAGGAAAAUCCCGGAUGAUUUAUUGCAUCCACGGCCACUGAUUGACGAUGAUGAUGAAGCCCGUGUGUUUCUUGAGGUAAAUAUGCUUGCCAAAGUCGGGUGCUUUUCUGGGGACUGGGUUCGCGUUCAACCUGUUGCUGAGUCCCAUAAUGGAAUAGAGCAAUGGGGCAUUUCGAGCUUUGGCCAGGAUGGUGAGAGUGCGCAAGGUGCUCGUAUCGCCAGAGUUUAUGGUCUCCCAGAAAGCUAUCCAAAAAAAUCCCAACGCUAUCCUUUCAAAAAGUCUGGGGAGCGUCGCUUAAGUUCUUCAAUUCUUUCUCCUGUGGAUACAACCGCGAGGGCAUAUCUAUCACCCAUACUACUAGCUAACCUUGGAGGACCUUCUCAUCUGAGGAUCUCGCCUCUUUCAACUUUGAAGUCUACUCCAGGCUCUCCACCCCCAUCCCUAAAGAAGCUUGCAGCAUCAGCUUCACCUCCUGCAGCAAAAGAAGUUACUCUCCUAAAAAUUUCGACGCCACUUUCAACAGAUCGUACUCUUCAGCCAAGCUUACUUAAUGGACUGAAGCGUUACUUUGAGCAGAAGCGGCGAUUAGUGAAACAGGGCGAUUUGGUCGCGGUUUCUAUCGAUGAGAACUUCGGCAGAGCCGUGUUCAGUGGCUCGAGUGUCGGAGAACCCGAAGGUGGUCUAGACGAGCUCAUGGGUGGCGCGGUAGCUGAUGCAGGCCAGUCGGUGGAAUGCAAGAAUGCACGUAACAGAAAUGUGGCUUGGUUCAAGGUUGGGCCAGUGUUAAAUGGCAAGCUCGAUGCUUCCUCUAGGCUAGAUGGCUCAUACAUAUGGAACGACAUGGCAGUAAUCGACACCCUAAGCACGCGCAUGGUCCAGGCUGGGAGCGAACAAAGCGUCAUUCCCAGCGCGGCAUCGAAUCCUUGGGAGUAUUACAUGGGAACGAAACAAUCAUCAGGAAGAACUGGCAUUUCAUACGGGGAUCCCAUUUUUGAUAUGCCAAUAUCCUUUAUUUCAAAAGCGAGAAGACGACUAAGAGAACUUAUCGCGGCAACAACCAGCGCUCGUGCGAUGCAUCUGGGUCUGCCGCCCCUAGCCAUUUUGCUUGUCUCUAACCAGCGCAGCAUAGGCAAAGCGACCACAGCAAUCAAAGCUUGCGCGGAUCUAGGAGUACACCCCUUUGUGAUCGAUGCAUACGACAUCAUAACGGAAGGGGGCGCAUCUGGUGGCGACGUGAAGACGGAAGCUUUUUUGAAGGCGAGAUCUGAGAGAGCCCUGGCAUGUGGGCGAGAAUGCACUGCGGUAAUUUUGAAACGCAUUGAGGCGUUGACUGCUGAGAGAAUUUCCUCAGCUUUGAAGGAAAUUAUUGCAGACUCAAGAGUCCUCAUUGCUACGACGACAGAUGUGGAGAAGGUUCCAGACGGCGUAAGAAGUUUAUUCACGCACGAGGUGGAAAUUUCUGCACCAGAUGAGAGUGAAAGAGAAGCACUUUUGAGGGACAUCAUCGAAGAGAAGGGCGUCAAGCUUGCAUCUAACGUAGACAUAUCCUCUGUCGCCCUGAAGACAGCUGCACUCGUCGCUGGCGAUUUGGUAGAUGUCGUUGAACGAGCGAUCGUCGCGAAACAGGAACGAGUCGAGAAGCUAGCUCAGGACUCCGGAAGUCAGAGUGAAGAAGUUGAAAUAACACCACGAGAUGUCCAAAUAUCUGGGGGCGAGGCGGGACGCUGUCUGAUCAAAACAGAUUUCGACCUCGCAAUCGACGCUGCACGUAAAAACUUUGCUGACGCCAUUGGCGCUCCGAAAAUUCCCAACGUGACAUGGGACGAUGUUGGAGGACUGACAAAUGUCAAAGACGCUGUCAUGGAAACCAUCCAGCUACCGCUCGAACGCCCCGAGCUCUUUGCCAAGGGUAUGAAGAAGCGGAGUGGUAUCCUGUUCUACGGGCCGCCAGGCACUGGUAAAACCCUACUGGCGAAAGCAAUCGCCACCGAAUUCUCACUCAAUUUCUUCUCUGUCAAAGGACCAGAGCUACUCAACAUGUACAUUGGUGAAUCCGAAGCAAAUGUCCGCAGAGUAUUCCAGAAAGCCCGUGAUGCGCGACCUUGUGUUGUCUUUUUCGACGAACUUGACUCAGUUGCACCCAAGAGAGGCAAUCAAGGUGACAGUGGCGGUGUCAUGGAUCGCAUUGUCAGCCAGCUUCUCGCAGAGCUUGACGGUAUGAGCAACGGCGAGGAGAGCGGCGGUGGUGUCUUUGUCAUUGGAGCUACCAACCGACCAGACUUGCUCGACCAAGCCCUCCUCCGUCCAGGUCGUUUCGACAAGAUGCUUUAUCUGGGAGUAUCCGAUACACACGACAAACAACUUACCAUUCUGGAAGCCCUCACCAGAAAAUUCUCUCUUCAUCCCUCCCUCUCACUUGGUCGCGUUGCCCAGUCUCUUCCUUUUACCUACACUGGCGCCGACCUCUACGCUCUCUGCUCAGACGCCAUGCUCAAGGCUAUCACGCGGCAAGCUUCCGCUGUUGAUCGAAAAAUCAAGGCUCUUCCCGGAGGACCGGUCACAACGGCAUACUUUUUCGACCAUCUUGCAACCGAGGAAGACAUUUCCGUCAUGGUCACCGAAGAAGACUUUACCGCCGCUCACCGCGAGCUUGUUCCUAGUGUUAGUGCCAAAGAACUCGAACACUACGACCGUGUCCGCCGCACAUUUGAAGCAAAUGACGAUAAAGAUCCCAAGCAAGCAUUAGAAGCCCUAGAGGCCUUGGAAAAUGAGGAAUAUCAAAACGCCAUCACUUUCACAACCAAUGGUCCUGAAACAUCUACCCCACCGGCUCAAGGCCUGCGAGCAACUGGCGUCGAGCAGAUCCUGCCUUUGCAUUCCCGCCCCAAACACACGGCACAGCGUCCACAAGAAACUGUUCCUUCAAAGUCCAAAGCAAAGAGCAAAAGUAAAACACAAAAGGGCAAGAGCAAAUCCAAGGGAAAAGGGACGGCAUCCGCACCAGCUGCAUGGGACGCCGUUGACGGCGCUGAAGAGGAUGACGAGGAAGAUACCGACGAGAACUACGAAAGUGCCUAUACUGUCAACAGGACAGACCAUGAGCACGUCGGCCAUGACCGUGAUGACGAUGAUGAAGAUGAAGAUGAAUAUAUUAUUCGCGGCACCCCUUCAUCGGCUACCACUACUUCUGCACACACUGCGCCCUUGUUUUCCCCGACAAGUACGGUGCCGAAUCAGACAAUCAGCGCCGCAAUUAAUGCUGCCGCGUUGAAUGGCUGGGCUGCUAAUACUGGUACGUCCGGGACAGGAACUGAAUCUUCGAAAGGGAAAGGAAAAGGCAAAAUCCGCGACGGCGAAUAAAUGUUGAAAGGAGCAAUGGACACAUAUUCUUCCUCCUUCUAAUGCUUCUAAUGUUGUAUUAUCGUCAAUUUCAUGGAGCAUGUAUUCAUGGAUCCCCCUCUCGGGAGAUAAACGUUAUAUACCGUCCUGCCUAGCUGCCGUUUGCGCGGAUCUUGAUCAAGUAUAUAAGGUAUAUACAAAACAUAUAUUCAAAAUUAACGUGUAAUCACCU